AUGCUAACUACGAAUCAAACCACACAUCAUAUAGAUUUAAGUUCAAAUUGUAUUACAAAUAAAGAAAUUCAAUGUUUAUUAGAAUUAUUUGAUAUGAAUAAUACAAAUGGGACAUUGAAUGUAUUAGAUCUACAUGAUAAUAAACUAUCUGUAGAAUGUGAACAACGAUUAAAACAAAUAGAAGAAUCAAAUAAAUGGAUUAAAAUUAUUUUAUGA